AUGAUUAGAAAAGUAAUAGGUAUUGAUUUGGGUACAGCAUAUUCAUGUGUGGCUGUAUUUCACUAUGGAAAAGUUCAAAUCAUCCCUAAUGAACAAUGCAAUGGAAUUACACCAUCAUAUGUUGCAUUCACUGAUACUGGACGUUUGAUCGGUGAUCCAGCUAAAAAUCAAGCAGCUCGAAAUCCAGAUAAUACAAUAUUUGAUAUGAAUGUGUCUGUCCCUCUUCCUCAUUCUAAAUAUCCAGCAUUAUCAUUAUCACCUGUAACGAUUGAUGAUGCUUCGGAUAUGGUUGUUAUUCUCAAUGACGAAGAGACUGUCAAAUAUCUUAUUGGUCCUCCAUAUCCAAUAUCGAUCGAACAAAUCAAAGAUUACAUAUCUUCUCGUCCUUCAGUUAAUGGUCUGUGUCUAGCAUGGGCAAUUCGUUAUAACGGAAGACUAAUUGGUGAGAUUAAAUUUCCAAAUCGAAAAUGGUAUUAA